CUGAGUAAGGCGGGCGCAGACCCGGAAGUGACUUGGACGUUGUGGAAACGUGAGGCGAUUGUGUGGAGCUGCUCACAUUUCAAUUCACUGAAAAGAGUUAAGAAGCCGAAACCGAAUAAAACAUGAGUUUGUUAAACAAGCCCAAAUCUGAGAUGACUCCAGAGGAGCUCCAAAAGCGAGAGGAGGAAGAGUUUAACACCGGUCCACUUUUUGGAUCAUUGUCCUGCUGCAGAACCCAAGUUCGCUUCAGCUUGAGGUCACGAACAGAUGGCCGGACAUUCUCCUUCAGCAGGCAUUGUAACAUGGUUCUAGAGAAUGUGAAAGAAAUGUGGACGGAGGUGCCCAAAAGUGGCAAGGGCAAGAAGAAGUCAAAGCCAGUCAACAAGGAUCGGUACAUCUCAAAGAUGUUCCUGAGAGGCGAUUCAGUCAUCGUGGUGCUGAGAAACCCACUCAUCACCGGGAAAUAAACCUGACGUGUAACACAUCUGUUCAAGUACAGGUGAUCUCCUGGACACUCAUACACCAGCUCACCUGUGAGCUCAACUCUCAUUGACUUACCAGCCCGUGUUAAAGUGUUAAUUAGACCUUUGAGCAGAUUAAGUCUUUUGCACUCAAGGAACAGUGCAUAGUUUGCCUUGUGCUGCAACAAUUGUAUUUUGAUGGGAAAUCUUUAGCAUCAUUUUGAGAGAUUGUCUGGUCAAAGAAAAGAUGCAAAGAAGAUGCCAUUUUUUUUCUAAAUAAAUGUUUGGAUAUUCAAACCUCUAAAUCUAUUGUAUGAUUCUAUCAGAAAUGAACCAUUUACAGACAAAGCAGAAAGAGUGCUCCUCAGACAAAAGUUUCACGUUGCUGUUUGUCCUCUUUCCUCCCCUCUCACUGUCUACUGCCCCUCUCAUCCUCUCUGUCCCCCUCCCUUCAUCUGACUCUCAUUUGGUAGAGUCCCUUGGCAGCAGCUUGUGUGUCAGUGUAGAUUUCAGCAGGCAGCACUCAAUAAGUGACAAACUGCCGUUUAAAGCUCUCUGCAUUAUUAAUGUGACCAGAUGUGCUGACUGUCACUUCACACCCCUGCCCUCCACCGUGGGCUCCGCUGACCCCUCGUACUAAAAGACAUUUUAAACCAUUCCUUUUUGUUUAAACUGAUUUGAUGUUUUUGAAAAUUACAGAAAUGUACGUUUUGAAAAAUUAGAAUAGGCUUUCUGAAUGGGGUUUACCAUGGUUAAAAAAACAAAAACAUCUAGAUUUAAUUGUUUUAAAAGUAUAUAUGGACAAAAGGGUUAUCUCGGGACUUGACCUGAGAGGACAGUCUCAGGAAAUCACUUAAAUAUUCAGUGGAACGGUGAAAAUCUAACACUGUGUAUCAGUUUGGGUUAUUGUGAUCCACUGGUAUCAUAUUUAUUAAUUUUUUUAAUGUGUUUUAAUACAAAACUGGAUAAAAAUAAAUGUAAACUGAUGGAAUCUGCUUCAUUGAGUUAUAUCAAUUGUUAAUAAGGUUUAGAUUAAAAUAUUUCGAUUUAUUAAUUUUAUCACU